ACAGUAAGUGAGCACAUGUUGGGAGGUGGCUGUCUGUCUUUAAUCACAGCACCAAGCCUUUAUAGGUUAUUUACAGUAAUGUUUUGUAUCUUGAGUGAAUGCUUUACUAAUUAUGGUAAUAAAAAAGGCAAUAAAAGGCACGUUCCCGGUGGAGGAAUAUAUUUGGAGGCCUUCCCUGGAUCACUUAUAAGCGGAGCCGUGAUAGGAAUUGGCCACCCGCUCAGCGGUGGAAGAAAUGAGCGAGCUGCCAUGGAUCAAGCAAGUUGUGCUUCCUAAGGUUAUAGGAAAAGCUGCAUUAUCACUACAAGUUGUAGAAAGGCAAUAUUAGAACAGGGUAUUAGAAAUGCUUUCGGACAUUUCAGCAAAAGAAUCAGACUGGUGGAGCAGCUCCAAUGAAUUCCUGGGAGGUUCCCAUGAACUUUUUGGAAGGAGGUGGACUGGCUGAACAGUUUCUUCACAUUGAGCGAGAGCAGAUAGUCCGCCUGAACUCUCUCAGCUUCCUUGAUCCUGUCCAGUAUGUUUAUAAUCCUUUGGAUUAUGCCUGGGAGCCCCACCAGGACUACGUACGUAAAUAUUGCCAUUCCCGGAAAGAGGUGCUCUUCCUUGGGAUGAAUCCAGGGCCUUUUGGCAUGGCUCAGACUGGGGUGCCCUUCGGAGCAGUGCAACUUGUUCGAGACUGGCUACAGAUAAGCGGGCAGGUGUUUCGACCAGCAUGCGAACACCCAAAGAGGCCCAUCCGUGGCUUGGAAUGCCCCAAUACGGAGGUGAGCGGAGCCCGUUUUUGGGGCUUCUUCCGCUCUGUGUGCACCAAGCCUGAAAAGUUCUUCCAACGCUGCUUUGUGCACAACCAUUGCCCGCUGCUCUUUGUCAGUCAAAGCGGGCGCAAUCUGACACCGGCUGACUUGCCAGCUGCUCAGCGGGAACAGCUUCUUCAGAUCUGUGAUGAUGCCCUGUGUGAAGCUGUGAAAUUAUUGGGUGUCGCAACAGUCAUUGGGGUUGGGCGCUUUGCUGAACAGCGUGCCCACAAGGCUCUGUCAGCCGCUGGUAUCCCGGUACGAGUAGAGGGGGUAAUGCACCCGUCCCCUCGCAAUCCCAAAGCUAACAAAGGCUGGGAUGCCAUCAUCCGAGCAAAACUGGAAGAACUAGGCUUGAUGGCUCUCAUCGCGGACUAACUGAGAAUUCCAUGUUGAAGAAAGCAAAGAGCCUUUGCUUUGGUUCUCAUGAUUUCUGGGUAACAUCGGAAGCAUUAAUUCUUCUGCUGGACUGAUUAGAAGAAUCGUCUAGCCUUAGGUCUACAUAUUUUUUUACACUUUUACUUUCACUACUCCUAUGAAUUACCCUCCUGAGGUUAAUUCAUCAUUUAGAGAUUAUCCAGAUUUAUUUUUUUUUAUAAAGGACAAGCCCAGAUUAUAUUGUCCUCGGUGCUAACACUUAUUUAGGUGGCUUCAUUCAGUUGGCUAUCAGUAUCUUGAUAUACUUCACAAUAGGUAUUCAGGUUGCAGUUUUGUGCAACAAUAUUCCAAUUGAGAUUUUGCCUUAAUCUUUGUCCUUUGGGGGUGACUUGGCUCCUUAACACUACUUAUGCUGAUGGACUAAUAAUUGAGUCAGCCCAGUAUUGUCUACUCUAUCUAUAGCCCUUUAAAGCCUAGAUACGCUCAAUUUUUUAUAUGUAGAGCAGAUGCCUUGACCCAGAGCCAAAAUUGUGAAUCAAGAGGGAGGUGUGCAUUAUGGCAACUGUGGGAACUGACUCCACAUAAUUGCUUUUAAUGCUGCUGUAAUUCACCUUUGCAUAUCAGAAGCUGGGUUCUAGAACACUAGAAAAAUUCUAACUAGAAGUAGGAGGAAUGAGAUCUGUGGUCCUGUAUGUUUCCACAUUACUAUACUCUUUGAGACGAGCAGUUCACAUCUCGUUCCUUUCUACUUUUUGAUCAAUGGAUUUUUGGGAAAGGAACAAAGAAGAGGAAAAGGUAGGAUAAGAUGCUCCCCUCCUUCUCUUCAUUUCUUGGUUUUGUAUUGUUUUGUUUUUAAUUAAAAAUUGCAGCUAGCUACUCUUGGCUAACUGCUGAGUAAGAAGCAGCAGCAGCAUUUCUGAAAAUAUCUGUUCAGGAAUUUGAAGGAAAAAUGCAGGUGUAUUCCACGUAGACCAGAUUACCCUGCAGUCUUCUCAACUGCCUGCUACAUCCUGGGGGGGGGGGAGGGGGGAACAAAUUUGUAGAAACACUCCUUUGUUGUUGCUGUACUAAGUAAGCUUGGAUUAAACAUUGUCUGAAUGUGGGAGUUUUGGUGCUGUCCGAAUUUGGUUGUUUUCUUGCAGAUGUUUCAUUGCCUAAUUACCCAACUAGGUAAUAUUAUUGGCGCAGUGACGAUGUUAUCUAGUUGGGUAAUUGGAUAAUGAAAUGUUUUCAGAAAAACCAACCAAGCUCAGAAAGUACCAAGGAUACCACAGUUCAACCUUGAGCUACAAAUAUUCUCUUCUAUUGAUACUGCCUCAAUGUGGCUACUGUGCUUUUGGGGUGUAGCCCCAUUACUAAAGUCCAACAAAAUGGAUGUGUUGAGCAUGGGGGUGGGAUUUGAUCAUCGCAGAGCUGAACUUGGUUCAGAAUCAAUCCAUCUCUGCCACUCAGCCUACAUUUCUUGUGUUAUCCUAUGCAAGUUAUAUAUUUCCUUGUAUCAAGUUUGACUUCUGGUUUUCUUGGUAAUAAUGCGGAAAUGUUUUGUCUUCGUUUUCUUCCAGGAUUAAAAAAAAAUCCUAGUCUUACAUUCUUUGAUUGUCAUGUCAUCUCCUAGCCAGCUACUAACUUAGUCCAGUCCUAUUUAAGUUUAUUUGGUUCUUACUCAGUCAGACAGGUUUACUAGGUAUUGCUACCUGCUGUGACUUUAGGAGUUUAUUAUUUAAAAGCUGGGAGUAUCCUGCAGCACAGCAGUCCAUCUUUGGCUUUGAGGAGCCGUAUUAAUAGACAGCAAUCCAUUAUUUUAUGCCAGUCUGGAACAUUUAAAACGAUGGUGCAUUAUUUUUGAACCCUUUUCCUUUAAUAGCCUCCAAGCCAAAAAUACGAUGCUAGUGCUCUCACAUAGCCAAUAGGAUAAAUUACAGCAUUUGUAAUUUUGCUGAUUUGAGAAAUGAGCGAUGGAGCCUAUGUAUCUUGAAUGAAAGGAUCCCGAUUUCAUUUGGGGCAUGUCUAGGGAGAUGAUGUUAGCCAGAGUGGAUUCACUACAGUAGCAGCAGGGCCACCCGCUCAAAAUAUGGAUCGCAUUUAAAGCAGAUUAGGAAGAGGAUGUUCUUAAUUGAAAAAAGGAAUACUGGUGGGAUGAAACAACGUACCACCCAUGCCUCAGAUGAACACAGGGGCCGUGGUGGCUCAGGCUGUAAGAUAGCCUGUUAUUAAAACACAGCAGCCUGCAAUUACUGCAGGUUCGAGUCCCACCAGGCCCAAGGUUGACUCAGCCUUCCAUCCUUUAUAAGGUAGGUAAAAUGAGGACCCAGAUUGUUGGGGGGGGCAAUAAGUUGACUUUGUAAAUAUACAAAUAGAAUGAGACUAUUGCCUUACACACUGUAAGCCGCCCUGAGUCUUUGGAAAAGGGCGGGAUAUAAAUGUAAAUAAUAAAAAAAAAACAAAGACAGAUAGUCCUCGACUUACGACCACAAUUGAGCCCAAAAUUUCUGUUGCUAAGUGAGAGAGUUGUUAAGUGAGUUUUACCCCAUUUUGCAACCUUCCUUGCCAGAGUUGUUAAAUGAAUCACUGCAGCUAUGAAAUUAGUGGCAUGGUUUUGUUUUGUUUUUAAUUUGCAUUUAUAUCCCGCCCUUCUCCGAAGACUCAGGGCAGCUUACACUAUGUCAAGCAAUAGUCUUCAUCCAUUUGUAUAUUAUAUACAAAGUCAACUUAUUGCCCCCAACAAUCUGGGUCCUCAUUUUACCUACCUUAUAAAGGAUGGAAGGCUGAGUCAACCUUGGGCCUGGUGGGACUAGAACCUGCAGUAAUUGCAAGCAGCUGCUGUUAAUAACAGACUGUCUUAGCAGUCUGAGCCACAGAGGCCCUUGUUAAGUGAAUCUGGCUUCCCCAUUGACUUUGCUAGUCAGAAGGUCCCAAAAGAUGAUCACAUGACCCCUGGACACUACAACCAUCAUAAAUAUGAACCAGUUGCAAAGCGACUAAAUGUUGAUCAUAGGACCACGGGGAUGCUGCAACAGCCAUAAGUGUGUAAAAUGGUCAUAAGUCAACUUUUUUCAGUGCCAUUGUAACUUCAAACAGUCACUAAAUGAACUGUUGUAAGUUGAGGACUACCUGCAUUUACAUUGAACUCAACUGGACAAAAAUUAUUGGAGAAGUUCUGGGAUGACCCUUUGCUUCCUUCAACCAAGCAGUUAUUGCCUCCUGUAUAAAGAAUCUUGUGCCGUAUUAGGAGGGCAACCUAAGCUUAAAUAGAGAUCUGCCGUCACUGUAUUUAUUUGACCUUAGGAAAGAAAAAGACGUUGCUUGCAUUGAGAUAUUGCCAGCAGUUUCCACCUGUAUUAAAUUAAUAGAGUGGUAUAUAGUGUUUUGGCUGAAGAUAUACCUCCUUUUCAAUGGUGAAAUCCAAAUUUUUUUACUACCGGUUCUGUGGGCACGGCUUGGUGGGCGUGGCAGGGGAAGGAUACUGCAAAAUCCCCAUUUCCUCUCCACUCCUGGGGGAAGGAUACUGCAAAAUCCCCAUUCCCUCCCCACUCUGGGGCGAGCCAGAGGUGGUAUUUGCCGGUUCUCCGAACUACUCAAAAUUUCCGGUACCGGUUCUCCAGAACCUGCUGAAUUUCACCCCUGCUCCUUUUCAGUUGGAGGUACUGAAACUCCAUCUGUGCAUUUAUUUUAGCUUUUGCAUUUUUCUCUCUUGCUUGUCAUCCUUCAGAUCUUGUUGGACAUUGACUCAACAGCCUUUAACCAGCAUGGUCCAACAAGAUUUGGGAAAGGCCACUGUUUCUCCAACCUUGCUCUAACUAACAACAACAUGGAUUCUAAACAUGCAAUGCACAGAGUUUUGAGGUCUUCCCAUUUGUAUCUGUAGCUAAUCAGUAUGGCUUCUCUCCUACAGAUAAGAAUCGUAACUUAAGACUCUUAACAGAGUUUCCUUUGACAACAGCAUCUGGGUUCUUCUCUAGGAACUGCUGGAAUUUUUUUUUUCCAUACUAUUUUUCCAGUCCAGAUUACUUUUGGCACAUUCCUACGGUGGAGAAUAUUGGCGGGUUACUGUGGGGAGGAAUAAUCUGCAUUGUUAUUGUGAAUUAUGCAUUGCUAUGAUGGAAAAUGUCAAAUACGAUGCUACUUUGGAACACCGAAUGGUAUUUGCUUGGCCCAGCUAUGUUGUCAGUGAUUACCUACUCGAAAAGAAAAAUUAUACUCAUUCUUCACCGUUUACUGGAAUGUAUAAUGCUUAAUUAAUAAUGCACCCAUUUUAUUUCUAGCAUUGAUGUAACAAGCUUAAGAGUCUCACUUUGAGGCAGGAGGAGCGAUUGACAGCUGAUAAAAUGCAGCCAUCUCCAUUGUGGAACAGAAGCCAUUCAGGCCUGGUUCGGCUGUGGUGCAGAGGAGAUGGCUGGCAAUGUUGUUACAGCACUGACACUUAUUUUUCCACUGGAGUGAAUCUUCCAACUCCUCCCUUGGUCUUUUCCUCCACCCUGCCCAGAAUUACUUAGCUAUAUUGCACCCUUUGAUAUUUGUGCAAUUUUAAAAAUAAAUCGUGGGGGUUUUUUUGGUGGGUCGUGUUUUUCUUUGAUUUCUUUGUCUUGCAGAGGGUAAAAAUUCAGCACAAAUUAAUGUGUGUGUGUGUGGGGGGGGUAUGUGGGCGGGGGGAAGGACUUUUUUCUGCCUGCUUUGUGGAGCCAGGUGAGGAUGGGUGUUAUAUGGUUUGAAAGCAGGCACCCAUAUUUUCCAACGAGUAUUUCUGCUGCGCAGAAGGAGAAUUUAAUUGUAUCCUCUCUGAAGGGGCCACAUCAGAGGUGGAUUUCAGCAGGUUCUGACCAGUUUUGGAGAACCGGUAGCGGAUAUUUUGAGUAGUUCAAAGAACCGGUAGUAAAACUUCUGACUGGCCCCACCCCCAUCUAUUCUCUGCCUCCCAAGUCCCAGCUGAUGGGGAGGAAAUGGGGAUUUUGCAAUAACCUUCCCCUGCCAUGCCCACCAAGCCACACCCACUGAACCGAUAGUAAAAAUAAUUGAAACCCACCACUGGGCCACAUCUAUGGCUAAGUGUUUCUGAGCAUGCCUUCUAAAAGUCAGUAGCUUACACACAAACACACUCACACGGAGAGGGGGAGGGAGAGAGCGAGAGGGAGGGACCAAGCGAGAAAAGAGAGAGAGAGAGAGAGAGAGAGAGAGAGAGAAAUGGAGUUUGGCAAUCCAGAGCACCCUAAGAGCCAUGACUGAGUGUAUGUUUCAUGCUGAGGUUGUCUUGCAUCUGUUGCAGAUUUUCAGCUAUGAUCAGCAGGAAGCAAGCUUAUGCAGCCCAUAGCUGACAUUCCUGACUCUCAUUUUAUCCUUUUAGUUACCUAUCAGAUUGAAAACUGCAGAGUUUGAAUAGUUUUAAUCAAUCCAGCAGUGCGAUCUUUGCCUUCUUGACAUGGCAUAAGCCUUGUGUUUACAGCGUAAUGCUUUUUUUUUUUUUUUUUAACCUUGCCUGCCAUAUUGUGAAAAAAGAAAAAAAAAUUACAGGUGGUAGGUCUACUUCAUUUUCCCAUAGGGCAGAAAGAAUCCUGUACAUGCUUAGAGGGACUCAGCCAUUGGGCCAGGAAUUUAGAAAAAUAGCCAAUACUGAAAGUAGGAAGAAUAAAUGUUCUUUAUAUACAGGUUGCAGGUAUGCCUACUACGGCAUAUGUCUAGCUGGUGGGUUGGUUUUGAGUUGUUAAUUCCUUUCUGUUUGGUGAGGUGCUCUUUCUCUUUUUAAAGAAAGCUAGAAGAGCACUUCAUGACUUUGUUCCCCAUGUUAAUGUUAAAAAAAGCGUUAAAUUUUUUUCAUUUAGAACUAGUGGUGGAGCUCUUGCCCCACAAUCAGGAGGUUGUGAGUUCGAUCCUAGGUAGAAGCAGAUGUAGGGUCUCCUGCUUGGGCAGGGGGUUGGACUAGGUGACCUGCAAGGUCCCUUCCAACUCGGUUAAUCUGCUGUUGUCUCAGUGCUUAUAUACCUUGGUGAUAUAAAAAGGUGUCAGAGAGCUCUCUCGCCUGCCUCCCUCUGGCUUUGAGGUUGCUGCCAUCAGAAAUGCAUCAAAUCUCCUACAACGUCUUCUAAUUUAGAGAUCUAUAAGGUAAAGGUAAAGGUUCCACUCACACAUACGUGCUAGUCAUUCCCGACUCUAGGGGGCGGUGCUCAUCUCUGUUUCAAAGCUGAAGAGCCACCGCUGUCCGAAGACGUCUCCGUGGUCAUGUGGCCGGCAUGACUCAACGCCAAAGGUGCACGGAAUGCUGUUACCUUCCCACCAAAGGUGGUCCCUAUUUUUUCUACUUGCAUUUUUUACAUGGUUUCGAAUUGCUAGGUUGGCAGAAACUGGGACAAGAAACGGGAACUCACCGUGUUACACGGCAGCACCGGGGAUUCAAACGCUGAACUGUCAACCUUUCGAUCGACAAGCUCAGCAUCCUAGCCCCUUGAGCCACCGCGUCCUAUAGAUCUAUACAUCUCACGAAUUUAACCCUUUACCUUGAGAUGGAAUGUGGCCGCUAACCCCAUGCUGAGAGCUCACUGUACUCUUAAAUGGUCUAAGUGCCAUCAGAUCACCACCCCAGAGUGAACAAAAAAGAAUUCUAGGCUUCCUUGUAACUCCAUCUCCAUCAACAGCUGUUACCAUCUCCUAUCAGCUUGUUACAUAUCAUCAGGAGGCCUGGGGAAACCACAUUGCCUUUGUGCUCAUAAGGAAAGAGGAAUUUCAUUGGAAAUAUCUUCCGCAGCAGAAUUACAGGCAUCUGUGAUAGAGAACAAGUGGUGAAGCAUGUUGCGAUGCAAACAACACCUGUUAAGUGCCUGCGUGCAACACAGCAACACCAAUAGGAAAGAACUAGUGUGAUGUCGCAAUGCACGGUUUGUCAUUUUGGCACCAUAUUUAGACAUGGGCACCCAUGAACAAAAUUCACCUUGUGGUUUGUCAGAACGGUGCCAAGGAUACAGUUUUAAUUUAUCACUCGGAAAUUUUGUGAUGCAUUCCUCUGAAGCUAAGCUUUCAUACAGCAACAAGAGAAAGUUCAUAGUCCUCAUUGCUGGUGCGGUAAUCCCACUCUAUAAAUUGUAGAGAACCUUCCAUGAAUAUAGUGAUUUAACUGUGGUUGAAGAGUGUAAAUAAUUGAUGUGGCAAUACCAGAGAAUACUGUAGUAGAACAGAAGACAAAGAAUUGGAGAAGAUCAGAAAGUAUCAAGGUGUGAAAAUGGAAGCUGAAAGAUGGAGCAAACCGCCAUGAUGGUCCCAGUGGUUAGUAGCAAACUGGUUACCUUUGAAAAUAUAAUAAUAAUAAUAAUAAUAAUAAUAAUAAUAAUAAUAAUAAUAAUAAUAAUAAUAAUAAUAAUAAUAUCAGAGUUGGAAGGGAUCUUAGAGGUCUUCUAGUUUAACCCCCUGCCCAGGCAGGAAACCCUACACCAUUUCAGACAAAUGGCUGUCCAACAUUUUCUUAAAAAUUUCCAGUGUUGGAGCAUUUACAACUUCUGCAGGCAAGUUGUUCCACUGAUUAAUUGUUCUAACUGUCAGGAAAUUUCUCCUUAGUUCUAGGUUGCUAGGUUGCUUAGUUCUAGGUUGUCCAUAUCUUGGACAACACUUAGUAAAUCUGCACAUUGACAAAAUUUCCAUUUGUCAAUUACAAAAAGCCACACUGCUUGGAUCCACAGAUAGGGAUCUGGAUGGGGAGGAAUGGGCUUCAACUCAACCCUACCAAGACAGAGUGGCUGUGGGUUCCGGCGUCCCGGUACAGUCAGCUUACGCCUUCGCUGACUGUGGGGGGUGAAGUUCUGGCCCCCAGGGGAAGGGUGCGCAACUUGGGCGUUCUCCUGGACAUUCGGCUGUCUUUAGAAGAACAUUUGACGGCCGUCGCCAGGGGAGCAUUUUAUCAGGUUCGCUUGAUGCGCCAGUUGCGCCCCUUUCUUGACCGGGACUCCUUACACACGGUCACUCACGCCCUCGUUACCUCUCGCCUGGACUAUUGCAAUGCUCUCUACAUGGGGCUCCCCUUGAAGAGCACCGGGAGGCUCCAGCUAGUCCAGAAUGCGGCUGCGCGGGUAAUUGUGGGAGCAUCACGUUGCUCCCAUAUAACACCUAUCCUGCGCGGCCUGCACUGGCUGCCGGUAGCCUUCCGGGUGCAAUUCAAGAUGUUAGUGCUCACCUUUAAAGCGCUCCAUGGCUUAGGACCAGGCUAUUUACGAGACCGCCUUCUGCCACCGAUAGCCUCCUAACGACCUGUGCGCUCCCACAGAGCGGGCCUACUCUAGGUGCCAUCAGCCAAACAGUGCCGGCUGGUGACCCCCAGGGGAAGAGCCUUCUCUGUGGCAGCACCGACCCUAUGGAAUGAGUUACCUCCUGGGUUACGCCAACUUCCUGACCUCCGUACCUUCAAGCGGGAACUGAAGACUCUGCUAUUCAAUCGGGCAGGUCUAGCCUAAAUAUUAUUUUAAUUUUGAUAUUUUAGUUUAACUUAGUUUUUAAUUGAUUUUAAAUUGUAUUAAUCUAUUUAUGAUUUUAUAGUUUAGGGUUUUAUAUCGGUCGUUUGACCGUUUUUAGUUUUAAAUUGGCCGGUUAAAUAUUUCAUUUUAAAUGUAUUUUAAAUUUAUUGUGUACCUAUGUAUUUUAAUAAGGCUGUACACCGCCCUGAGUCCUUCGGGAGAAGGGCGGUCUAGAAAUCUAAUUAAUAAAUAAAUAAAUAAAAUACACUACACCAAUAUAUUACAACAAGCUAAGGAUAUCUUUGGGAAUAACUCAAUGUACAUACAUGAAGGGCAACAUCAGUCAAAAACAUAUGCUGUAAUUUCACGCUAUUGUGUAUAUGAUAAUGUACAUUGCAAUACCUGGAAAUGAGUUGAAGAGCAAGGAGUUGGAGAGAAAUCACAAAGUAUAAAAACCAGCAAAUAGAAGUAGAACAAUUCUGGCAAAAGAAAGCCUAGGUGGUACCAAUAAAUAAUAGCAGGGGUGAAAUCCAGCAGGUUCUGACAGGUUGUGGAGAACUGGUAGUGGAAAUUUUGAGCAGCUCGGAGAACCGGCAAAUACCACCUCUGGCUGGCCCCAGAGUGGGGUGGGGAUGGAGAUUUUGCAGCAUCCUUCCCCUGGAAUGGAGUGGGAAUGGGGAUUUUGCAGUAUCCUUCCCCUGCCACGCCCACCAAGCCACACCCACAGAACCGGUAGUAAAAAAUAAUUGGAUUUCACCACUGAAUAAUGGUCACCAAUUCCAAAAGAUCUUAACACCAUUGGCUUUGAUAAAAUCACCUCAGUCAAUUGCAAAAGGUAACUUUACUUAGAACAGCUUAUAUCUCCUGCAACAAUACGUUUAAUAUUAUUAAACAGCAUCUGCCUAUCUAGGUCCUUGGGAAGGACUUGAUAGAUAGGCAAAAUUGCCAGAUCCAGUCUAAACAUUUGACUGACUGCAUGACUAACCUAAUAAUAAUAAUUGUGAUAUUCUAAUAUCAGUAGGGAUCCAUAUUUCGUCUUGCUGGACUCGCUUAAAUUUUAAAUUAUCAAAUUGAUUUUAUGGGUUUUAAAUUUUUUGUAAAUUUUAGAGGGUAAUAUUUUAUCUAUAAGUAGCCAUAUCAAAUAGGUUUUUUAAGGGUUGUUUUUAGUUUUGUAUUGUUGUUUUCUUUCUGUAUUUUAUUCUUGGCUGUACACCGCCCUGAGUCCUUCGGGAGAAGGGCGGUCUAUAAAUAAAAAUAUUCUAUUCUAUAUUCUAUACUUAAUACUAAUCAAAUGGUAGAACCUUUCUUGAAUUAUUCUAAAUUAUAGAUGUCCAACUGUAUCUGCAAAGAUUUUUCCAAAUGGAAACCCUCUUGAAUUUAUUUAUGGCUAAAAGGGAAUCAACAUCCAUUCAAGGUAACUACUCUCAUGUCUUUCACUUAAUGUAUUUAUGGACAUAUAAAUGUGAUCUCUUCUUAAAAUCCCCAAAGCUUUAAGCAAAAACUGUCUACUAUUGACCUCACCCCAUUCCUAAGAGGUCUGUAACGGGCGUGCAUAAGAGCACAAACGUGCCUACCAUUCCUGUCCUAUUGUUUUCUUUCAUUAUAUCCAAUUAAUAUAGUUAUUACAUACUUAUAUUUAUGCUUAUAUAUUGUAUAAUUAUUUCAUGCUUAUGCUUAUAUAUACUGUUGUGACAAAAUAAAUAAAUAAAUAAAAAUAAACAAA